GAACUUGUCAUUUUCAUUGUUUUGUGUUGACAUUUCGCGUACGCAACAGGUUGUGUUUUCACUAGUGCUCGCGGAAAUGACCUUCCUUCACAACACGGGAAUUCCCCCGCGGGAAUAUCCGACCAAUUCAGUUUAGUGCUGAAACACAACGUAGAACAUUUCAGUGUACUUUACAACAUGACAACACCUUAUGGGCGGCAAACAAUGGGCGAAAGCCCAGGCGUGGAAAGUGCUGCGAACAGUUCCAACCUAUCCAACUUUGUCUACAUCUACGACAUACCACGGAUGGAGAAGAAACGGCUGGCCGCGUUGCUCGAGAUAAACAACAAGUGGUACGAGCUUGGAGAAAAACAGAUGGGAUACAAUAGCACCGAACUGGAUAGUACGCAACGAUGCUGUCAACGAAACAAUCGAUCACCUGCUGAAGAUUUGCUCGAAAAGUGGGGUAAUUACAACCAUACCAUCACGGAACUGUUUGUUGUGCUGUCCCGCGAGAAGCUUUACAGCUGUAUGGACAUUAUCAAACGCUACGUCGAUCCGCGGUACCAUGUGCUGAUAAAACAACAACCCGGAGAUGAUGUGUUGUCCCCUGGCAGAGAUAUGGAUCCUAAACUAGCGAACGACCGUUGUGUCCCGCAGGCAAAGCAGCCUAAGGAAGGAGCUAAUAAGAAAGCGAACGGUGAUCCGGGCAUACUGGAAGCUCCCAAUGGAAUGGCCGGUAAAAAUGAAAACAAUCCGUUAAAUUCGAAAGAAAACUCCCCCUUUGCUAAUGAGCUGGCCGAUCUGUCCAGCUUAAUACCGAAAAUCAGCUAUGAGGAGCUAACGGUCGCUACAGAAAACUGGAGUGAACGGAACAUCCUCGGCAAGGGUGGCUUUGGAACGGUGUAUCGGGGGUUUUUCAAACACACGUACAUGGCAAUCAAGAAAAUCGACUGCAGCAAGGUUAAAACGAGCGAGGCGGGACGGAUUCAGUUGCAGCAAAGUUUCAACGAGCUUCGUUUCCUUAAUUCGUGUCGCCAUGACAACAUUGUGCCGCUGUUUGGAUACAGUUUAGACAAGGAACCCUGCUUGGUGUACCAAUUUAUGCAGGGUGGAUCUUUGGACAAAAGUUUGUUUGCACGACGGCCAGCUGCUAUAUUGACGUGGAAGGACCGGAUGAACAUCGCACUAGGAACCGCAAAAGGGCUGCAGUACCUUCACACCUUUGCUGAGAAACCGUUCAUUCACGGUGACAUUAAACCGGGCAAUAUACUGUUGAACGAGUAUAAGCAACCGCGCAUCGGUGAUUUUGGGUUGACGCGUGAAGGAGCCUUGCAAGAUUCGGCCAUAGUUGUAACGUACCUGUACGGUACCCGUCCAUACAUUCCGAAGGAGUUUUACGAUCGCCGUGAACUAAGCACCAAGGUAGAUACGUACAGUUUCGGGGUGGUGCUUUGUGAGAUUGGGACCGGUUUGCGUGCCUGGGACGAGCGGCGUACGGACAAACAUCUGAAGGAGUACAUUUCCCGGGCUGUACACGAAAAAACGGACGUUACGCAGCUGAUGGACAAAUCGAUUCCGAUUGAUUCGGCUACCGAUAGUUUGUUUUGCUUUCAAAUACUCAGGGUGGGACAUCUGUGUACGAACGAUGAUCCGAAACAACGACCAGACAUGGUAACCGUUAUGUUGCAUUUGAACAGCGCUUUAGGAAGGGUUUGAUGCUCCACGCACACGUUCGUUUACAGUUACAUGACGAAAACAUAGUUUUCACCCCAAAUAAGUAUUUCGAUAAAACAUUCCCCCGACAAACAUAUUGCUGUGCUAGUUGGCUAAAGUAAGUUUAGCCUGUUGCAUAGCUAAUUUACUUAUCGACACUUUUUUUUAAAAUCUAGCAAUAAUGCUGUGAUGAAGGAACGGUUGCACGUGUUAAAUCUUACAAGGGUUUCGAGAUAAAAUGAUAAAUUUCUUCUUUUCAAGUUAGUUCAAGUUAGAUUAGAGUGAGUCUAGAUCUGUCCCGUUUUUUGGAACUUUUGCUAGUUGAAAUCAACACUGUUCAAAGCUUUCGUAUGAGUUAAGGAAAGCCUCGCAGUGAAUGGAUUUCACCUAGCAAGGGUUGAAGCAGAGUGGCUAAAUUCAUUCACCCAACACUACAUACUUCAUUUCAACAUGAAAAGAAUCUAGAAAUGGUUCCAACGUUACUCAACUUCUCUUCUCAAAGAUCCUGUAACGAAAAAAGCAUGUCCUUUUCCUUCCACCUUGUGCCUUCUUUUUCCUUUACAAAGUUAAAUAUUUUUAACGUAAAUAAACAUUUAUAAUGAAACUUU